CAACAAGGUAUUGCACAUGCGGGUUGUAGCUGUAGAGUUAGGGUUAGCUUAGUUAUUUACGUCUCCUGUUUCAUAUUCUAAGCUUUGUUGUUGUUAUUGCUGACAGUUUGAGAAUCUGACAUGGGGAAGAAGAAGGCAGGUGGAGGAGCAGGACUCGGCAGAUCUCUGAUAAAAGAGAGACUCAAUGCGAGCCGAGGAAACAAGAAGGUCGACUCCUGGCUUCACACCAGUGAGUUGAACGAUGGUUAUGAUUGGGGUCGGCUGAACCUGCAGUCAGUGACAGAACAAAGUUCUAUGGAUGAUUUUUUGGCCACUGCUGAACUGGCAGGAACGGAGUUUGUUGCAGAGAAACUCAAUAUCAAGUUUGUUCCAGCUGAAGCAAGAGCAGGUUUAUUAACAGCCGAGGAAAAUGCCAGGUUAAAGAAGCUACAUGAAGAAAACAAGCACUUCCUUAAAAUUCCUAGACGUCCCCAUUGGGAUGAAAGCACAGCUCCAGAUGUGCUUCAACAGGCUGAGAAAGACAGCUUCCUGACGUGGAGACGUGAACUUGCACAACUGGAAGAGGAACAGAAGUUGAUUCUCACUCCUUUUGAGAGGAACCUUGAAUUCUGGAGGCAACUGUGGAGAGUUAUCGAAAGGAGUGAUGUUGUCGUUCAGAUCGUCGAUGCCAGAAAUCCUUUGCUGUUCAGAUGUGUUGACCUGGAGUUGUAUGUGAAAGAGGUGUCUCCACAUAAAGUGAACUUGCUUCUAGUAAAUAAAGCAGACCUGCUGACCAGGGAGCAGAGGAGAGGCUGGGCCAGAUAUUUUGAGAAAGAGGGUCUGAGGGCGGUUUUCUGGUCAGCACUGGCUGAGAGCAACAGGCUGGAUGCAGAGGAGAAGGGCAUGGAAGUGGACGCUCCCGAAUGUGCAGACAGUGAUCCAGAAGCAGAUGGAUCGCCAUGCCACAAACACCUGAGCCAAAAGGCGCCAGACAGAGAGGACACGGAGGAGGACGAGAGUGAUGAAGGAGAGCAGGAAAACGUGACUGUGGAUGAGGAGGACUGGCAGACCUGCUCAGAGGGUGAGGAGGAGGAGGGAGAAGGAGGAACAUCCAGUGAACCCUUUCACAACUCGAGUCGGCUGCUGCAGAAGGAUGAGCUGCUGAACGUGUUUAAAGCUGUGCACAACGGGCCCAGAUGUAAAGAGGAACAACUGACAGUGGGACUGGUUGGGUAUCCCAACGUGGGAAAGAGCUCCACCAUCAACACAAUCCUAAGGAACAAGAAGGUUUCUGUUUCAGCCACACCUGGACACACGAAGCACUUUCAGACUCUUUAUGUGGAGCCAGGCCUGUGUCUCUGUGACUGCCCCGGUCUGGUCAUGCCCUCGUUUGUUUCCACCAAAGCCCAAAUGAUCUGCUCCGGGAUUCUGCCUAUCGACCAGAUGAGGGAUCAUGUACCUGCAGUGUCUCUCAUCUGUCACAUGAUUCCUCGGCACGUGUUGGAAGGCACGUAUGGCAUCAACAUCAUCAGACCAAGAGAGGAUGAAGACCCCAACAGGCCUCCCACCUCUGAGGAGUUCCUGAUGGCAUACGGAUACAUGAGAGGUUUUAUGACGUCGCACGGACAGCCUGAUCAGUCCCGAUCAGCUCGGUACAUCUUGAAGGAUUACGUCAACGGGAAGCUUCUGUACUGCCAUGCUCCCCCGCACAUUAAUCCUGAAGACUUCCAGCCACAGCACAGCAAGUUCCAACAAAGAGACAUGGACUUAUGUGACCCCUCUGCACCGAGACACAAACAACCCAAAAUCAAAAGAAUCGAAAAUGUUGUUGACAAGAACUUCUUCCAUCAGGAAAAUGUGCGAGCACUCACCAAGGGAGUGAAGUCUAUCAUGGGCUACAAACCAGGCAGUGGACCUGUUGGACCCGGGAACUCUGAGCCAGAGGUGACGGUGGGAAAACCCUGGAGAAAACACGGCAACAAGAACAAAAAGGAGAAAGUACGCCGGCUUAAUAAACAUCUGGAUGCUUGACGAUGAUCUGAAAUCUUUUUAAUCAGAUAUUUUUUUCUGAUGACAUAAAAACUCUGAAAUGAUUCCAUAAGAACUGAAUAGAUGCUGAAGUGGUCUGGGUUGAUGAAGACUCCUUAAUCCUGUGAUAAUGAAGAGGUCUUGAUCUUAGCUGAUGAGUUGCAUCAUCUGCCAGGUGCUGCUCUGGUUUAAAGCAUUUGAACAACCAGAUUCUUGGUUUUUCAGCAACUGUUGGACUUUACAUUCAGAGAGUGGAAAAUGUGCUAUUAUUUUAAGCUUUUACAACAUGCCAGAUGGUUUUUAUUAAACCGUUGAUUGAUAGAUUAUGAAAUUCUGCCAUUCUCUGCUUGCAGAAUUGAUUUAUAU